AAAGUGCCCGUCCCGCUACAACGGACAGCGGCUGCGGGCGGCCACUGUAGCGCUGUGCAGGCGCGCCUAGCGGGGGAGGUACCGGGCUACGACGCCCGCCCGCCCACGCCAACCCACUUGACGACCUCAGGUCGACCAUCGCAUCGCAUCGAAUCAUCGACCGGCCGCAUCAACAUCACGAUAUCACGAACAACAAGCCCAACCAUCUAUACCUAUAUCCGACUCGCUACGACCGAUACUAUCUCCACCUCCUAAUCGCCAUUGUUCCAGCCUCGAAACUCCGAAGCGACUAGUACCGCUACCUGUACCUCCUCCAACUACCACCUCUAUCUACCUCUACAGCUAUCACCAUGUCGGCCCAAAAGUCAGCGGGUAUCCAGCUCCUUCUCGAUGCUGAGAGGGAAGCUACCAAGAUUGUUCAGAAGGCUAGAGAGUACCGCACAAAGCGCGUCCGCGAAGCGCGCGACGAAGCCAAGAAGGAAAUAGAAGCGUACAAGGCGCAAAAGGAAGCCGAGUUCAAGAAGUUUGAGGCCGAGCACACACAAGGAAACCAAGCCGCCCAAGAGGAAGCCAACCGCGAAGCCGAGGCGCGGAUUCGCGAGAUCAAGGAGGCCGGCAACAAGAACCGCGAGCAGGUGAUUAAGGAUUUGUUGCAUGCCGUGUUUACUCCUUCUCCUGAGGCCAUGGCUGCUCACUAAGGGCAGUAACUGUACCUGGUUGGACAAACAGAAAUGGAAGGUGAUGGGGCGACGAUGGGGGUGAUGAUGUUGGAUUGGCCUGGGCUGGCCCGUUAUGGUAAACGACGAAAGGGGAGGCCGCGCCGUUUUUCUGUCAUGAAGGCAUGUUAGGUUGUUAGACGGAGAUUAUGAAGUUAAGUUUGUGACUUGGUAUUAUUAUCCUACGGUUGUGGUUACGUGGUCUGCGUUUAAGGGUUCUAAAUGAACCAGGCCAUGCCUUGAUAGUAGACCAAGGGAAUCGCCAAAAUUCAUACCUUCCAAUACCGAAGAGUCAAGAUUCGUAAAGCCAAAAACAGUGCAACUAGGUAGUGUGAAAGAGCCUAGCCUAGCUCAAUGGUAUCUUUAUGGCUACUUGGUCAUUACUUACCCACUGCACUUCACCGAUCUGUUUUGGUUAAGCCAACCUAUUCAACAUU